AUGGCACCUCUACACAAAUACUUCUUCCCUGACAACGAGUCCUUCGCCUAUGAAGCUCUUCGAGCUGCCAGCUAUGCCUACUGCGGUGGCGCAGAGCUGGCUGAAGUUAUUUCCAUUUGCUCUCGCAUUCCAUCAAAAGACGAAGACAGCUGGCUGCGAGAAUGGAAGCUAGCCGGCGACCGCGCUGUUGAGACUGCAAAGACGAGCCUGGCCAAGGACAACCGACGCGGUGCACAGUCUGCGUUUCUACGCGCUUCGAACUAUUACAGAACGGCAGAGUUCUACCGACGAGACAAUGUAUUUGAGGACAAGUUGUCCAAAGAGCUCAUGAAAUUGAGUGCCGAGGCAUUUUACUCCGCUACAGAACUCAUGCCAUACCGGACGGAGAAGGUCAAGAUACCGUAUGAAGGAACGACACUGCCGACAACGAUCAUGCAACCGGACAAAAGCGACACGUCAAGACCAACGAUCAUCUUCAACGGUGGCUUCGACUCUACCAGGGAAGAGGUCUUCUACAUGGAUGGAGAUGCAGAAACGGUUGCGCCUCUCACUUUUGUGUAG